AUGAAUGACUUACUAGGAUGUCCUUGUUCGGUUUGCGGAGUGCAACAACAGGCACUUUGUGCAAAUUGUUGUAACGAAAUGAUUGAAGUAAUAAGGAAUUCGUGUAUCGAACUAGAUAGUAUCAAGCAUGCAUCACAGGAGGAAAUUAAUAGAGUCUUUGAAAUAUCUAUGCGAUUGCAAAUUGAAAGUGGCAAUAAACCAUCAACUGGAAGGAACGAAGCUGUUGUACUUGAUGUAGAACCAAAGCAAAAGAAGAGCCGAACACCUGACACGGUUGAGUUUCCAGAAGAGGUCGAUGAUCAUUACUCACAAGAACCUCUUAUAAACAAGAACAUUCCAAUUGCCUCCAGUGCAGCGAUCAAAGUCCUUACUCAACAAUUGCUCAAAUUGCAAAUCGUCAAUGAGAAAGUAAAGGUCAUUGGAAUUGAAAAGACUAUCGACUCAUAUAAGAAGAAGAAUGCCAAAACAUCCACUCAAGUUCAAAAUUUAAAAAGCUUAAUAGAAUCCGAAAGAGCCAAACUUGAAUCAUCCAGUGCUAAAAUCACAGAGAACUACUCCAAGAGAAACUUGCAAUUGGAGAAUGACAAGGUGUUCGAGUACUUGAAAAUAAGCAGAGUAAAGAAACAGGCGUUGAGGCUACAGGAGGAGAACUACAAUAUUUUAAGGGAGAUUGUAUUUUCUAAAUCAAAAGGCAGUAAUAACUCAUAUCUUUCCAAGCUCAAAGGGAAGAAACAGCUUUUGUUCUUCAAGCAGCCUAUAAUAAAUAUUGAGAACUUCUUCGCCUACAACAGUAAACUCGAGCAAUUGAAUACAUUUUUGGAAAGUCUUAUAACACUACAAAUGAAGUUGGUUGAGGUAUUUGAUGAUGACUUGAGUACGCAUACGUUGCCACAUUUAAAGGAACUUGAAAAUUUUCUCCCCAACCUGAAGUUUUUUGCAUUGGUAAAGGAAAAAGAAGUUCAAAUGAUAGGAAACAACGAAGAUGAGAACGAGAAUGAGGAUUUAGAUGAACAGCAAGCACCGGAAAAUCUUUCAGUUGUUGAGGAUGGUGCUGAAGGUACAGAAAGGACCAAAACUAUGAUAAACCUCGGCGAUGCAACUAAGUUACCGUUAUCGUCCAAAACAAUUAAUAAUCAAAGAAGAAAAUCUAUAAGGGAAGAAAAGGAUGGUAGCCCAAGGCUGAAUGCCUCUCCAAAAGGCAAAAAGGGCAAUAUAAAGGAAGCUAAAGGCAAAAAGACCAACAAACCUACUGAAAAGAACGGCAAGUCUCCUUUGAUUGGGAAAAGGGUCGUAAUUAUUCCUCACAAAAUCAUAACCAAGCCAUUCACGAAGCUUACCCCAAAAGAAUUCAUCAAGUUUUUACAAAUUAUAAUAAAGAUAUUGAUCAACUUCAAGGUAAUCUUUAAGCAUACCAAGGCCUUAAAUGAAGUAUACAAAUUCGAUAGUAUUCUACAGCAUGUGACAUCCAUGGGCGAUGAAUACUUUGAAACGAAGCUAAAAAUGAUCGAAUCAAACGCAGAGAGUAUUAAAAUACAAGGUACUCAACCAGAAGAAACUUCCUCUCAACUAAUUGAAAAUUCGUUGAUGACUUCUCCCAGCUCUGGAUCCAUAUCACAGAUGUCGAAAAAGUCUAGCAUCUCCAACAUAUACUCUAGAAUAUUCGGACCAACUAGAGAACAAUUGAGGAAAGAACAGUUGAGGCUACCAUCUACUCCAAAGAUCAUAUCUGGGGGAACCUUCGGCAACGUUAGCGAAAUGAGAGACAGCUUUGAAUCAGACAGUAAUCAAAUUAAAGAUAAUGGGAGUAGCAGAGAGGAAUUGGAUAUCAAUACUGGAAACAGAGGAAGUGAAAUGAAGGUAACAAUGCAGCGGGUUUAUCAGAUCAUGACUGGAGGCGGCAACAAUAAGAUGAUUUCCAGUAGAACACACCUUGACGAUUGGGAUGUGAUCAGUAAGAUGAUGUAA